GAUUCUUCCCCCCCAGCCUGGGCUGUGUGUGCUGCGUAGCCCUUCACUGGCGAGCGCUGAGAUCCUGCGGCACGGAGGCUCUGCUGCUGGAUCCUGGAGAGGAAUCAUCGGGUCAGGCUCCUGACACCAGCACCGAGUGGCUGGGCUGAUGGGGAGAGCAAUCUGUGGCUGAUGGGAUGCCCUGACUGACAGCUGGGGUGACAGAGGAGAAGGGCCACCAGCGUGUCCCCGUGGCCAUGCAGUGCUGCCUGUCCCAGCAGGCCACCCCUGGCCCAGCGUGACCACAACACCCUGCCUCUCCUUUUUUGGGUCCAACGCCUCCGUCACUGAACAGUUUGAUGGAGAAUCGGUCGGAUGACAGCGGGAACUGUUGUUAUCACCGGGGGAAUCCUAGCUACGGUGAUCCUACUGUGCAUCAUUGCUGUGCUCUGCUACUGUAGGCUACAGUACUACUGCUGCAAGAAAGAUGACUCCGAUGAGGAAGAGGAGGAGGAGGAGGAGGAAGAGGAAGAGCCCAACCUCCCCGUGGUGCACUCACACCUCGGCAUGUGCAACGCCUGCAACUCACGCAUGGCGGACGGGCAGGGCAGCCCCACAUCACCCCACAGCGAGCUCAACCAGCACGGGGCCCACAGCUACUGCCCGACCUGCUCGCCCUACGGCUCCCCGUUUUACAUCCGGACUGCCGACAUGGUGCGCAACGGGGGCGAGAGGGUCACCUACACCCCGGCCUGCUGCAAGGAGAUGGGGCCGCCCAUCAGCAUGGCCGCCCUGCAGAGCUACCCGCUGAGCCGCCACAGCCUCCUCCGCGACAGCUUCCCGAACCCACGCGCUAUCAGCACGGAGGUGUAGGCACCGCUGCCGUGAGCGCGGGGUGCCCGUGGCUGGUGCUCGCCUGAGGGAAGGGGCUUUUCGUGCGUCGUUAGGAGCAGGUUCCUCCAGGGAGGAGCCCAGAAGCCCAGCCUCAGACCAGCGUGGUCCUCUUGCUGAACUGCCCGGCAUGGCUAAGCUUCACGGGCGAGAAAAUGAGGAAGACCUUGAAGGGCGACGUCAAACCUCUGAACCCAUCAUAAGUGUCAUUAUUACUCUACUCUCUCUCCUGAAGGGACUUGUCUAAUGAGGGCUAUGUACAGUACAACUUAAUUACCCCAGGCUACUCCAGCUCCCCACACCCAGCGUGAUGCCUUUGGUGUCUCCAUGCAAGCCCCCCGAGGCAAUGCCCACUGCCUCCAGCACACGGAGUCAUGUGCGGCUACCCACCAGCUGCCACCCCUGGCAAAUUCCACUGCUGAGCUGGGAAUGGCAGCACUCCUGGGCAGUGGGAGAGCAAAGCAGGGACAAUCUGGAUCAUCCCGCUCCCCUUGUACUGCAUUCCUUGCUGCUAGCAGUCAGCUUUUACAUUCAAGCGUAGGCAGGACACCAUCUCCCACCCGCUUUGGUCUUUGCACAUGCUGAAGAAGUUCAAGACAUGAAUUUUGAUCACCAGGAGGGGCAAAGUUGUUUGCAAAGCCACCCACCUACUCAAAUGGGCACAGGCCAAUACUUCCACAGCUGAAGCCUCCACCUUUUCUGCUCUUCACAAGCUUUCUUAGCAGAGAUUUUAACUUGGACCCAUAAAAAUGGGAAGAUUUUACUUACGGGGAAGAGCUGCACCCCUAAAUAACUGCAGGUUUGGUCACCUUCAGCAUUCACAGCCCUGCCCAGCCCACCCAGACAGCUUUGGACUGCCAGAGGAAGGUUGGCCCUAGGACAGCUUUGAACAGCAACAGCAGAGAGCAGCAGGUCACAUCCCCUCUUCUGUGGGGGCCAUGACCUCCUAUGUGAGAGGGCUGGUUGAGGUUCCCCCUCUUAGAAGAAGAGGGUGCAAGACCUGACCCUGGGUUCACCAGCUCUGCAGCUGGUAACAGCCAACAACUCUGCCUUCCUGCAGAAAUGAAUGUGGGAAAGUUUCUUCUUCCUCCAUAAAUGAAAUUAAGGGAAAGAUUACUAAGAGGACAUCUCCAUCAUUCACAGGCACUUCCAUGGCAACCGCUGCACAACCGCUCAGCUGAGUGCUUCCCGUUCGUAGCAGGGAGGAGGGACCUGGGCAGCAACGAUCCCCACAGCCCGACUGAUGUGGGCAGAUGCUGCUGGAGGCCACGGCAGGAAAUGCUUCCAUGCCUUUGCAGUAUAGGGGAGGGUAGGGCUGCCUGAAAAUGUGAGUGGUGGUAUUGUGUUGGGGUUUUUUUUUACCAUGGCAAUUUAGAACUCAUCCUGUGGCUCACAGAAGGAUUUGGCCUCAACCUCCCCAUUCAUGCAAAGAACUACAUCUCAGCAUGGAGGCACACACUACAGGAGCCUUCAAUGUCUACAUCACAGGGCAAAAGGCCUUUACACUUUGGACCUGCUCAUGCCCUGGCACCUCUGCUCAAACUACCCUAAGAAAGGAGCCAGACAAAACCCAGACGUGUGGAUGGUUGGAAGACCUCACCCCAAGCCUGCAUUUUACACAGCCUUCUGAGCACCAUCUCCUCCAUCUCUGGCCCAGAAAGCCUUUGACUUGAUCUAGCUGCAUCUCUUUUAGAACCUGUUUCCAUUCUCCAGAUAGUUAUGGCAGGGUUUAAAUGUCCUCUCACAGUAAGGGCACACAGAAGAUGGAAGUUAGGAGCACCAAAGGUCUCAGGAUCCCACUGGCUGCUAGUCUGUAGCUCCUACUGCUUCUCAUCCAGCCAGCACUCCUCCCUGGAAGUCUACUCUGAAACUUGGAAAAAAAUCAUGGAUAACUCACUAAGUCUCAUCCUCUCCCACUAAAGCAUCUGCUCAGCUAGGUCUCAUCCUGCCAGGAGCCUUGAGAAGUGAACAUGUCCCAGUGUGAUCUGUGAUGCUGUCCCCUUGAAGGACAGAGCCAGCAUAGAGUGGCUCCCUGAAUCCAGCUCUACCUCUUGGCACCCAUGAAGACUUCCCACCACAACAGCAGCACGUGCCAGGACCUCCAGAGGGAGGGAAUAGCACAGGAGGGUUUUACUUCUGAGGCUCAUCCUUCUGGUGAAAGGAAGGCAACUGCAUCAUCAUCUUCAUGUCAUGCAAAUUAAGACUGAUCUGUCACCUGCUAAUACGGUGCCAAGGCUGAUGAGGCAGCACCAGAGUGGUUGAAUGGCCAGGGUGAGGCUUAUCCUUAUGGCCAAGACAACACCCUGGGUCUGGCAUGGCUACAGAGAAACGUGUCAGUCUGAAGGGUUGGAAACAUGGGGAAUGCAACUGUGGGUUAGAAAGUUUGGGGGCUGGCAGAGGAACAGGACACGGCAGGGAUCCCAGAUUUUUUUCCCACUUGAUUCCUAUUGUUCUUACUCUCUUUGUUGCUCAGCUAUGUGGGUCCAAAUUCAACAUCAGAAAUAAAUGAGGACUUUGAAAUACAAA